AUGGAAAAGGGAAAUGGCAGCGAGAAAGGAGCAGCAGUGGCAAUAUCGACUGAUGAACAUGGUUAUAAAGUGGAGCUACCGCGCGAGAUGAGUGUGUGGUCGGCUAUUGGGCUAGGAUUAGCGAUAAUGGCUUGUCCAUACGGGUUGAGUACAACGAUAUCGAUAGCUUUACAAAACGGUGGACCAGUUUCAGUACUCUGGGGCUGGGUUUUUAUAUCACUUAUGUCAAUCUGCAUUGCACUUUCACUUGCGGAGAUUUGUUCUCGCUUUCCAACUUCAGGUGGACCUUACUAUUGGUCAUACAUGCUUGCAUCAUCGCGGUACAACAAACCGUCUUCGUACGUUGUCGGCUGGCUGGGGUUGAUCGGCAAUUGGACAGUAUCGUUAUCGAUUAUUUACGGCACUGCGCAGCUCAUUAUAGCUAUACCUCCACUCUGGCAUCCAGAAUAUCAAGCUGAAUCAUAUCAAACCUACCUCCUUUUUCUCGCAGUCUUGCUUAUCUGCUUUUCGGCAAAUUUUCUGAAACAGAAGCACCUAGAUGCACUGAACACCUUUUCGAUAUACUGGACGGGAGGGACUGUGGUAGUAGUUUUAAUAACGGUGCUUUCGAUGGCACGCAACGGGCGAACUAGUGGAGCAUUCGCAUUUGGAGGUUUCCAAGUAAACUCAGGCUGGGUGCCUGGCUGGGCGUGGUGUGUAGGACUGCUACAAUCGGCGUAUGUCCUGACAGGUUAUGGAAUGGUUGCAGCUAUGGCAGAUGAAGUUGCUCAUCCUGAAAGAGAUGUGCCGCGUGGAAUGGUAGGAUCGGUGAUUGCAGCCGCGGUGGUGGGUUUACUCUAUCUCAUUCCCCUCCUGUUUGUUAUGACAGAUUUGGAGAUACUGCUUGAUGCAGCUCAGCCAGUACCUAUCCUCUUCCAGCAAGCUACUGGCACGUCGGGCGCAACAGGACUGAUGGUGCUCAUUAUCACUAUUGGAUUGUUGGGUGGAAUUGGAGCGCUGACUACUUCCUCAAGAUGUUGUUACUCGUUUGCAAGAGAUAACGGAAUGAUGGGAUCUAAAUGGUGGAAAGUGAUAUGGAGGGAGUAUUUGCCGCUGAAUGCACUCAUAUUGAGUAGUAUCGUGAUUGGAUUGUUAGGUUUGAUAUCAUUCGAAUCAGCAGCCUUUAGCGCUUUCACAGGAGUGGCUACUAUAACGCUAGGGUCUAGUUAUGCUGGACCGAUACUGAUCUCGCUUCUGCGCAAAAGAGAGCCAUUGGAGGGUGCAGCGUUUAGAAUGCCAUCGUGGUUGGGUUUUAUAGUCAACAUAGUUUGUUGUUGCUGGAUAUUGCUGAGUAUAGUAAUAUUCUGCAUGCCUACUGCUCUUAGUGGAUUGAAUGCAGAUACUAUGAACUAUGCUAGCGUGGUUUUUGUCGGAUUCGCUUCAAUCUCUUUCGUGUAUUACAUCAUUUACGCGAGAAAAACGUUUGAUGGACCACCAGCAGCUUCACAUAGCAGUGAAGAGAAGAAUUCAUUUGAAUCAAUGUAG